AUGACUAUAAAAUGGCGGCAAAAAUUCAAAAGCAAAAAACGCUUGCCACAAAAACAACGAACAAUAAACGAUACGAUUUCGUUUAAUAUAACAACCAGCAAUACUAAUAAAACUCUUGAAAACAACAACCAAAACAGCACUAAAACCAAAACCGACUUUCAACGACUGAUAAAUAAUCAAAAUUCACCACCAGCGCAACAAAAACAAAUACAACAAAAGACUCAACUGCAACUACAGCUGCAACAGCUUCAACAGCAAACAAAAGCUUUAUUACAGCAGCAACAAUAUAAAUCUCCAGUGAAAAUCUGCACUCUAACAACAACAAGCACAACACCAAUUACAACAAAAACAGUAGCAGCAGUCACCACCACACAAACUUUAGCAAUAAAAACUCCAACAACACACACUGACACACAAAUAAAAAGUAAGAAAACAAAAAAUUACCAAUAUAAAUGGCGACACAUGCAUAAAAAGGCAAAAGCAUUUGGCUUCAGGUUUGACACUUCGUCAUCGUCAAACUCACCACCAAAACUAAAGGUAAAUAGUAAUACCACCGCGUCAACGAGUGCUACUGUAUUGGCACUAUUUCCAUUGCUUGCGUUGUGCUUUUUCUGUUUCACCACGACUACUAUAGAAGCAGCUGCCGCAACUGGCACAUCCUCAUCAACAUCUUCUUCUUCCUCACCUACGGCCAAACCACUACUUCAAACAAAUGCAGCACAAUGCUCACUGUCAGAGUUCAGUUGCACAAACGGACGCUGUGUGCCGCUGAGCAAAUAUUGCAACAAUGUGAAUGAUUGCGGCGAUGGCAGUGAUGAGCCGCGCUUUUGUACACGUUGCAAUCGAACCUACUAUGGAGAUAUCGGUUUGACAUAUUCAUUAGAAUUACAUCGUCCAAAGCAGGAUCGUGUUCCGUAUGUUUGUGUGCUAACAUUUACAGCAGCAGGUGGGCAACAUGGUGACGUUGUACAGGUUCGUUAA